UUGUCAGUGGCUAGUUCGGUGUACGAUCCUCUUGGCUUUGUCGCACCUGUGGUGUUGCCUGCCAAAAUCAUGCUACAAGAACUUUGCAGAAGAAAUUAUGGAUGGGAUGAGACUGUACCACAAGACAUCUUGCAACGGUGGUUCAGGUGGUUGGAGGAAUUGGAUAUGCUGUCUGAAUUUAAGGUUGAUCGGUGCAUUAAGCCCCAGGGCUUUGGACAAUCAAGACAUGCUCAGCUGCAUCACUUUGCAGAUGCUAGUGAAACAGGAUAUGGUGCAGUCACAUAUCUCAGGAUGUUGAAUGAUGGAAAUGACAUUCAUGUUGCAUUCCUGAUGGGCAAAGCCAGGGUUACACCUUUAAAGACUGUUACUAUUCCUCGACUGGAGCUGACUGCUGCUGUGCUUGCCAUUCGUGUUGAUCUGAUGUUGAAGGCUGAGCUGAGAUUGCAGUUGCAGCAGUCCUUUUUUUGGACCGACAGCACUUCUGUGUUGAAGUAUAUAAAAAACGAGGAUAAACGUUUUCAUACGUUUGUGGCCAACAGGGUUUCGACUAUAAGAGGAGCCACUAAAACUUCACAAUGGCGAUACAUCAGCUCCAAGGAAAAUCCAGCGGAUGAGGCAUCCAGAGGAGUGAGGGUUGGAGACUUUAUUCAUGGCCGGAGGUGGAUAGAGGGUCCAAGUUUUUUGAGUGAACCAGAAGCUAACUGGACAACAAAUGUUGUAGAAACUAUCAUAGAACCCGAUGAUCAGGAGGUCAAGAAGGAAGUCACAGUGAACGUUGUGUCUGUGGAUGGCUCACAUGAUGCCACAAACCGGUUACUGACUUACUUCUCAAGUUGGAGUAAGCUCAAGGUGGCAGUAGCCUGGUUACUUAAAUGGAAAGCCAUUCUGUUGGAAAAAUGUCGCAGGAGGAGGGAGGAGAAAGCUGAUGGUAAGCAGAGCACGGACAAUAAUAUGCCACGGAGGAGGCAAGGGUUAAAGGACAAGCCUGGAGGGCAAAUUUUGUCCAUAGAUGACCUUUUGGGAGCCGAGCUAGCUAUAAUCCGAUACUGUCAGCAACAGCGAUUUGGAGAGGAAAUUGCCAUGUUGUCAGCUGGGAAAUCUACAGUGAGCAGAUGUAGUACAAUCCACAGGUUGGAUCCGCGCUUGGAUGAUGGGCUUCUCAGAGUUGGAGGGCGGCUGACUAAAAGUUCCUUGCCAGAGUCGAUUAAACAUCCGCUAAUCCUCUCCAAGGAUCAAAAUGUGGCCACUCUCAUCCUCAGGCACAUUCAUCAGCAGCAGGGCCAUAGUGGGCGGAAUCACACGCUAUCAACACUGCGGAAGAAGUAUUGGGUCACUAGAGCCAACUCCGCUGUAAGAAAGGUCAUUGCAGAAUGUUUCUGUUGCAAGAAAUAUAAUGGAAAGAUGCAGGAGCAAAAGAUGGCUGAUUUGCCAGAGGAAAGGAUUCUUCCUGACAAACCACCAUUUACCAACGUUGGCAUUGAUUAUUUUGGCCCAAUUACAGUGAGGAAAGGACGUGGUACAGACAAGCGCUAUGGCGUGAUACUAACCUGCUUGGCAAGCAGAGCAAUCCAUCUCGAAGUGGCCGACUCUUUGAACACUGACGCAUGCAUCAAUGCUCUGCGACGUUUCAUCUGUAGAAGAGGUCAAUUUUCUCAUAUCAUAUCUGAUAAUGGAACCAACUUCAUAGGAGCAGAGCGAGAACUAAGAGAGGCUCUCGCAGCUUUAGAUCAUGGAAAAAUUCAGGGAGUUCUGCGGCAAAGGGGAGUUAAGUGGAGCUUUAAUCCUCCUGCAGGUUCACAUCAUGGUGGGGUUUGGGAGCGUGUUAUCCGCAUGGUGAGAAGGAUUCUAAGUUCAGUUCUUCAACAGCAGACCCUGAACGAUGAUGGGCUUCAUACAGUUAUGUGUGA